AUGAAACUAUGUGAAGAAGAGGAAGAAGAAGAAGAAGAAGAGAGAAGGAAAAAGAAAUUUUGUCUUCAUUUUUUGUCGUGUUUUUCUACUACUGUUGCUGCUACUGUUGUUGGUGUUGGUGUUGGUGUUGGUGUUGGUGUUGGUGUUGGUGUUGGUGAUGAUGAUGAUGAUGGUAAAGAUAACGAUAAUAAUCCUAAUCAAAUUUAUCAUUUCUUUACUACAGCAAGAUUAGGUAAUCUAUAUAAACACUGA